AUGGAUGCUGUUCUCAAUAAUGAAUUCAUAAAUCAAUCUGAUAUCCAACCGAUUGUUGCAUUCAUAAAGCAUAUCGAUAGACUACCGUUGGAAAUAAUAGUUAACAUAUUUAAAUCAUUAGACCGUCAACAAAUAGUACAAUUCUUAUGUUAUUGUACACAAUUAUCAUCAUAUACUCGUCAAUUGAUUGAUUUAGUAUUUGGUUCCAAGUUAGAAUUCAUCUUUGAAUCUGAAAAGAUCAAAGUUUUCCCUCAUACUAAUAAUAAAAUAACGGAUAUAGAAUUAGCCAAACAAUUCCUUUCCAUACCAGAUUCACAUCUAAAACAGUUAUUAAUAGUUGUUUCGAAUAAGAGCAUAGAAUCAUGUAAUCAAUUAAUAGAGGAUCAUCUUGAAUCAUUACAAUCUUCCAUCGAUGAAAUAAUCAUAGUGUUUGGUAAUGCCCAAGUGAAGACUGGCUUUAAAGUCUUUGAAUUAUCUAAUUUAAAGGCAAUAUCGUUUGCCGAUUCUACCGUUGACAGUCUGUUAUUUUCUACUCCAGAAUUCAUUAAUCAUCCUGGUAUAACACGAUUAACGUUUGAUUUAAUAAAAAUAUCUGAUGAUGGGCUUAUUUCUAGUCUACCUAAAAACAUUAUAUCUUUACAAGUGGUUACAGGAUGGAAUCGUCCCACAACAUUAGCACAGACACCGUGGCCAUUAGUUCCUCAUAUUGAACAGUUUAAGAAUCUUCAAGAUUUAAAAAUCACAUUUACUAAUAUAUUUGAUGAACAAUUUUAUCAAUUAAUAGAACAGACUAUAAACCUAUCAAAGUUAGAAAUCAUCAAAACUAACAUAUCAACUCUCAAACUAGCCAAAUUGCCGAGAACAUUAAAGCAAUUCAAUUUAUCAGAUAAUCAAGAUCUCAAAUCUGUUGACAUUAACAAUAAUGAUGAUUGGCCUGUCGAAUUAGUACAUAUUAGUUUGAAUAAUUGUCAGAUUAAUAAUGAAAGUUUUGUAAAUAUGUGUCAGUUCCAAUGGCCCAAAAAAUUGUCUGUAUUGGAAAUGGCUAAUAACUUGAUUACUGAUUUUGAUAAGUUAAAAAAUAUUCCGGAGAGUGUGGUCUCGCUAAAACUUGGUUGUUCGAGACAACAUCCUUCACCAACUGAACCAACUGAUAAUAACAGAUUAAUUGAAUCAAUAGCGCCACGUUUAAGAGUAUUUGAAGUUCAACGUUAUACUUUCAAAGAGAAUGAUUCAAUUGAAUUUCCUGAUUUAAUUGUGGCACUUGCCAUACAAGGUAGUGAGAUUUAUAAUGGACAAAUUUUUAAGAAGUAUCCCAAAAAUCUUACGGCGCUAAAUUUGUCAGGAUGUAAUAUUUCGACUAUAGAUUUGUGUUCUUUAGAGACAUUGACGAUACUUUUACUUAUUGAAAAUAAGAUUCAAUCAUUAAAUGAUGUUAAUUUUCCUACUAAUAUAAGACAAUUGAAUAUGAAUAUGAAUCAUAUUAGGAAACUCUCUAACCAAGACCAGUUUUUCAAUCCUAAUACGAGUAUUCAGUUUAAACAAUUAAUGUCUUUUAGUCUUAUUGGUAAUAAAAUAAGUGACAUUGAUUCUGAUAUAUCUAUUCCUCCAAAUUUAGUUGAAUUCAGAUUAACCGGGAAUCAGUUAACGAAUAUUACAAUUCCUGAUAGUAUAACAUAUCAUCAAAGAUUACAAUUAUUGGAUAUUAGUAGGAAUCAAUUAAGGAAUAUUAAUUUUAAAAAUGAUGGUCGGAUAGGUAAUGCAGUUAGAUUGAAAGUAUUUGAUUUAUCGUUUAAUCUUAUCGCUAAGAUUGAUCAAAAUGGUCAACAAAGACCAUCCUUUCCAUUUGCAUUAUCGUACGAAUACAAUAAAAGAAUUGAAAAUGGUUUUGGGAGAAGAUUACAAGUAGUUGAUCCCAAUGUUAAUAGAGUACAUACUUUUAAGUAG